UCCGCGCACAAACUGCAGCGCUGGCGCUGAGAAGGAGGCUCCUUUUUUAUUAAACGGCACAUUCAAGUCUCCACUACCUCACCGGAGAAAAAUGUGCCGAAAUUGACCAGCAACCAGACCUGGCUCUCUCUACGAGGGCACGCCGUUCUCCCAUGUGCUGGAGGUGCAACUGCCUUUCAUCAGCCGUCCCACAAGCUGUUUAUCAUAAAAAGAGCUGAUCUUCUGUGACAUUAUGCGCUGGUUUUUUUUCUUUCUUUUUCCUAUGGAAGGAAUUUUUUAAAAGCCAUGAUGAAGUACAUCGGGUUUUACAGCAGCACUAAUUGGCCAACCCUUAUGAAUAAAUUUUUUUCUUUCUGGGAAAUUGAGUCAAGCGUAAGAAUGUUUUUUUUUUUGUUUUUUUUUAUUUUAAAAAGCACAGGCAAGCCUGGGCCACAUCAACAGGCGGCGUUUCAUUUUCAAUAUUGCCCAAACGGGAGCGGGACGGCAGGGAGAGGAGAGGGAUAAAAACAGCCUUAAAGACAAAAGCGGUUAUUUGGGCGGGAAGGAGAGAGGGGCUGGCUGGAGAGAGAGAGAGAGAGAGAGAGAGAGAGAGAGAGAGAGAGUGGGGCUGGACUCUGUGUGGUCUCCACUUCCCUUUUUUCUCGGGGGGAGCGAAUGAGCUGCCAGGGCUGGGCUUUAAAAGGCAGCCGCUGGAGGUCUGCGCAGCCAGUCUCUCUCUCUGCGCAGCCGGACUCUCCCUGUGCAGCCAGUCUCUCUCUGCGCAGCCGGACCUUAUGUAGCUUCAGUCUGUUUAACCAGACCCAGUCUGUACAGCCAGACCCUGUGUAGCCUCAGUCUGCGCAGCCGAACCCUGUGUAGCCUCAGUCUGCGCAGCCGGACCCUGUGUAGCCUCAGUCUGCGCAGACGGACAGCGCUCCACAGCCAUGCAGCCACCCCAGGGCUGCGCCUCCUCUCUGCUCCUCCUCGCCCCUCUCCUGCUCCUGCUUCCACUCGCGCUGACAGGCCAAAACGCGGCCGCAGGUGAGAGUGCAGCGGACCGGGAGAAGGAGCCGGAGUUCUGGAACUCUCAGGCCAGAGAGACCCUGCGAGCCGCCCUGCGCCUGCAGCCCCGCCCUCACCGCGCCAAGAACAUCAUCCUCUUCCUGGGAGACGGUAUGGGCGUGUCUACGGUGUCGGCAGCGCGCAUUCUGAGGGGACAGCUGGAGGGGGCCUCUGGAGAGGAGACGAUGCUCGCCAUGGACACCUUCCCCUACCUCGCCCUGUCCAAGACCUACAGUGUGGAUAAGCAGGUGGCAGACAGCGCCAGCACAGCGACGGCGUACCACUGCGGGGUGAAGGCCAACGCCAAGACCGUGGGGCUCAGUGCGGCCGCCAUCCCCUACGAGUGCAACUCCACCUUCGGCAACGAGGUCUACUCUGUGCUGCACCGAGCCAAGGCACAAGGGAAGUCCGUGGGCAUCGUGACCACCACACGCGUGCAGCACGCCUCGCCCGCGGCCUCCUACGCCCACUCCGUCAGCCGCAGCUGGUACAGCGACUCCGACCUGCCCUCUAGUGCCCGGCGGGAGGGCUGCAUCGACAUCGCCACGCAGCUCGUCACCAACACCGACAUCGACGUGAUUCUUGGGGGCGGGCGGAUGUACAUGACCCCCAAGGGCACCCCAGACCCAGAGUACCCCACUUCCUCCUCACGCCGAGGGGAUCGCAAGGACAAGAAGAACCUCAUUCACCAGUGGCUGAAGGACCGCAAGGACUCGCAGUACGUGUGGCACAAGGAGCAGUUUGACUCUGUGGAUGUGAACUCCACCCACCGUCUGAUGGGCCUGUUCGAACCCAAGGACAUGCGGUUCGAGCUGUUUCGCAACAGCACCAGGGACCCGUCCAUCGUCGAAAUGACGGAGAAAGCCAUUCAGAUUCUCAGCAAGAACCCAAAGGGAUUCUUCCUUUUUGUAGAAGAUAACUGUGCCACGUUCUCGUUUUCAGGGGGGAGAAUCGAUCACGGGCACCACGACGGCGUCGCCAAGCUGGCGCUGACGGAGGCCGUGAUGUUCGACCGGGCGGUGCAGGUGGCCUCGCAGGUGACCAGCGAGACGGACACGCUCACCGUCGUCACCGCCGACCACUCCCACGUCUUCACCUUCGGAGGGAACACCCCCCGCGGGAACCCCAUCUUUGGUCUGGCUCCCAAAAAGGCCGACGACAAGCUGCCGUUCACCAGCAUCCUGUACGCUAACGGGCCGGGCUACAUUCACGUGAACGGCACGCGCGGGAACAUCAGCGCUGUGGAUUACCUGGAUGAGGAGUACAUGCAGCAGGCGGCUGUUCCUCUGGACUCAGAGACUCAUGGCGGUGAGGACGUGGCGAUCUACGCCAGGGGCCCCAUGGCGCACCUGUUCCACGGCGUGAAGGAGCAGAACUACAUCGCCCACGUCCUGGCCUACGCCGCCUGCCUGGAGCCGUACACAGACUGCCCGCCUGCCCCGCCCCUGUCCGCAUCGGGCAGCCCCGCCCACUGCCACUCAGCACUGCUGCUCUCAUUGGCUGCUAUGCUGUGGGUCCUGUCAACAUGACCCCAAGCCCCACUGCACUUCUAAAAACCAAAAAAAAAAACAAAACCAAAAAAAAAACACUACAACUCCCAGAAUUCCUCUGGGCUGAAACUUUCAGGAAAAUCUCAGGCAGAAAUUAUUUAACUAUAGUAGCCAUUAUCCAAGUAGUGCCUUUGCCCUAUUUUUUUCCUGCACAGUCAUAUGCUCUGGUAUUUCACAAAAGUAAGGUAUGGUGGCAAAGUGUUUGUGUAUAGUCGAGGAAAGAUCAUGUGACCAUUUUAAACUGUGUUCUGCAAACGUAUCGUCUGCACAGUCCACAGGUCACAAUCCUCCAAAGGUGUCAUUCUGGCGGAAACUUGAUUUUGAAAUGUACAUUUUCCCCUUUGUGACGCCAUUUUGUGGCAGUGAAGGUAACCUCAAGGUGUGCGAGCAGGUCAGAGUUAAGAGUGCGGAGUCUGAGCAGGUGUGGAAGCUCUAGAGUUGGUCAGGUCUGGCGGAGUUAUCUACAUGUAUGUUCCUGACUUCUACUGCUUCAUACGUUUCUCACGGAAUAAGACAGCCAUUCUCUGUCUACUACUAUGCAACAACUGGGUUUACAUGUUUUGUAUGUUUGUCUUCUAGAAAUAAAUAUAUUUUAUAUACUGUA